AUGAUGAUGUUUCGUUUGAGUCUUCUGCUACCUCUCUUGGCGGCCACUGCCAGUGGCUUUGUGGUUCCAAGGGCAACCGUUCGAUCCUCGUCGUCGUUGUUGCGAGCGGGAGAAGAUGCUGCCGUCGAUUUGGGAGAUGUUAUUUCGAAUGCCAAGGAAGCCUUGGCGGAUGUUACCGAGGGUAUCACCACAAGAUGGGAGCCUGAAAUCGUCGAGGUCGAGCCAGACACUAGUGGUGUCAUGGACAUUUUUUCCUCCCUGUCACCCGAUGUGGGUAUUGCCAUUGCCGGAGUGGUAGUUCUGUUGGGCAUUGCCGCGGUCGUGUCCGGUUCCAGUAGCGGAGAGACUGCCAGUAGCGGUAGCGCCCCCAGGGCCCCCAGGAGAAAAGCAGGUAAGCAGGCAGAUGUGUCCAUCCCCUAUGAUGCCGCAGCACGGUUAGCCUACGAUGCAUGGGUAGAAUCACAAGAAGAUGUCAAGGCAUCCGAAGAAGCCUUUGUGGCCUUUAAAACCAUGUACGAGGAAACAGCGGUAGCGGCCGUCACGGCCAAGCAAAAGGCACGCAAUUUGGCGAGUUUUGACCCCACCAAACCAAAGCCACAACCAAGACCUGAACCAACACCCAAGCCACCAACCGCCAAAGCACCCAAGCCAGCCCCUGCCAAAAAAGCAGAAUCCAGCACUCCAUUUUUUGCACAAGUAAAAUAA